GUUUGUAAAUUUUAAUUUUUUAUAAUUUUUAAAUAUGGAUAUCUGUAAGUUUUUUCGUCAACAACAAAAAGAAAAAGAUAUAGAUGUUGCUCUUGCUAGUAAAAAUCAGCCAUCAGUUGAGUUGGUUUUCGUUGUAUCCUCAGAUGACGAAGAAAGACCAGACAUACCAUUACCACUCCAUGGGAAAACCAAUGAUGAGUUAGCUACAAAAUCAUCUGGAAAAUCAUCAAAUGAUGAAACACCACACCGUUCUCAAAAAGAUGUUUCACUUUACUUAAAUUUUCAUUUUAAAAAUGAUAAUGAAAAAUUGUUAGCUGUUGAAAAUAUUUGGAUACCUGACAAAUGUUAUAAAUUUCCAUUGCCCUUGGGCAAAAGAAAUUUAACCUUUCAAGCAUCCUGGCUUAACAAAUAUAAGUGGCUUGCUUACUCAGCCGAUGAAAAGGGCGCAUUUUGUAAAGUUUGCGUCAUAUUUUCCCCAAGAUAUGCUGGAAAUGGGUUACAAAAACUCAAAACAUUGGUAAGUCAAGUGUACACAAGAUGGAAAGAUGCGCACGAAAAUUUUAAUUAUCAUCAAAAAAAUAAAUAUCAUCUUAAUUCCUGUGAGAUAAUGGAUUCUUUAAAAGAAAUCUCAAUGAAUCAAAAGAUAUCAAUAUCCAAUGUAUUGAAUAAAAAAAUUUUUGAUAUUGUUACAAAAAAUCGAUCAAGAAUAAUUAUAAUUAUUGAUACUAUCAUUUGGUUAGGGAGGCAGGGCUUGGCGUUAAGAGCUCAUAGGAUAUCUCCUGACCCCCUAACACUUACAUCCCCUUCUCACAAUGAAGGAAAUUUCAAGGAAUUAUUGAAAUUUUUAUGUAAUAAUAAUGACAACUACCUAAAGCUUUUUGAAAGCUCCUCUAAAAAUGCUACUUACCUAAGUCCCACUAUUCAAAAUGAAAUAAUAUCAAUAUGCAAUCAGUUUAUAUUAAAGGAAGUUUCUUCAAAAGUCAAAGCAUCACCAUUUUUUAGUGUUUUGGCGGAUGAAACUUCCGAUAUUGGUAAUAUUGAACAACUAUCCAUAGCAAUAAGGUUUAUUGAUAUGGAAUCAGGUAAUUAUAAAAUGAAGGAACUAUUUGUUCAAUUUAUUGAAUUACCUGACACUAAGUCAGAAACGAUUGCUAAUCAAAUUAUUAAAUCACUUCAAAACCUGGAUUUAAAUUUAAAUCUACUGAGAGGCCAAGGGUACGAUGGAGCUCCCUCGAUGAGUGGCCAUGUUAAAGGGGUCCAGUCAAGAAUUAGAGAGCUUUAUAGCACAGCUCUUUAUGUUCACUGCAGUUCACAUUGCCUGAAUUUGAUGAUAACUGAGGCAUGUGAAAUUAGAGACAUCCGGAACAGUUUACAAACAAUAUCGUCGGUUUGUGACUUCUUUACCCCACCCAAGAAGAGGGAGAUUUUUACCCAAACGUUCGAUGAAAUUGAUUCAAAAAAUUCAAAAAAAAAAUUCAAAAGAUUUUGUCCCACAAGAUUCAUUGAAAGACAACAAUCGGUGAAGGUUUUCAUCGAGUUAUAUGAGGUUAUUUUUGCGGCACUGGAAUCAUACAUAUUACGCAAAGAAAAAGAUUCCGCAGAUGCGGAAAAUCUUUUACAGGCUAUUACGAAGCCUCAAUUUUUAAUUUCAAUUCAAUGUGUUUAUUUUUUAUUUAAUUAUACAUAUGAUUUUAGCAAAAUGUUACAAAAAAUUGAUUUGGAUUUAAGGGAGGUUAUGAAUAGGGCAAAGGAUAUUGUUGAAAUAUUAACAAAUAUCAGAGAUAAUGUGGAUGAAAAAUUUCACGAAAUAUAUGAGAAAGUAAAGGAGAUCGCUAAUAUGUUUGGGAUUGAAAUUUUUAAACCUAGAGUAGUUUCUAGACAAUCCAAUCGCUCAAAUAUUGAUGCAUCUACGAUUGAGGAUUUUUAUAAAAUUAACAUUUUUAUUCCACUUAUUGAUACAUUUUUAUUUCAAUUAAAGGAAAGAUUUAUAAGUCACAAUUUUAUUUUAAAAAGCUUUUAUUUUCUUUUGCCGGUUGAGUCUGAAUUGUUGAUUACACUUGAAACGCGAGAGGAUAUUAAGAACAUCUCAGAGUUUUAUUCUGAUGAUUUAUUAGGGUCGUAUGAUAAGUUACUUUGUGAUGUCGAAUUUUGGUAUAAAAAUCUUGGCAGAAUAGAGUACUCUUUGAGACCAAAAAAUGCUUUGCAGGCCCUUUCCAUGUGUAAUUGCACUUUAGAUUCCCUGCCCAAUAUCAAAACAUUGUUUUUUAUUUUAGCUACUUUACCGAUUAGUACCUGCACUAAUGAAAGGUCUUUUUCAACUUUGAAAAGGUUAAAAACCUAUUUAAGAAAUAGCACCGGUGAAAACCGUUUAAAUGGAUUAGCCCUAUUAAAUAUUUAUAAGGAGAUUAUUCUAGAUAAAAAUUUGAUUCUAGAUGAAUUAGCCAAAUCUCAGAGAAAAGUAGACCUCUCUUUAUAAAUUCAAAUCAUAUAAUUGUAAUAUUUUCUUAGUCAUAAAAUUUUUAUAUGUAAAACUUAAUUAUAAUGAAUUUUUAGUCAUGAUAUUUUUAUACUAUAUUUAUUAAU